AGAAAACAUACGGACUAACAGAAUUUGCCACGUUUGUAGCAGCUCCCCUUGUAAAUAAUACUCCGCUUUUCUUGUUUGUUCUAUCUCUCUAUUUGUUGAUUUGGUGGUUGUGCGUGGUGCCGAUCGUAAGCUUUUAAGGUGUUGUUUUUAUAUCUAAGCGAAAAGAUAAGAUAACUUUAACUGGUCUCUUAAGUCUUCUUAGCCUUAUUCACAGCACACAUACCAUCGUGUUUUAUUGAGUGAUGCUGUACAAAGUUACCUCGCUCUCUGGCAGGUGUUUUUUCUGGAACAGCGGAAACCUCCUUAACACAGUUACUCUCUCGAGAACACUGGCUACUACGGCGGUCCUGCAAUCAGCAAAACGUGGAGGUGGUUCUACACAGAAUAACCGAAACUCAGCCGGAAGAAGGCUCGGUGUGAAACUCGUACAUAACCAGUUCGUGAGAGCAAAUCAGAUUAUCGUGCGACAGCGUGGCACAAAAUAUCAUCCUGGUGCAAAUGUUGGUCUUGGACGUGAUCACACCCUUUACGCUCUCGUUACGGGCUAUGUCAAAUUUUACAAGCAAACUCCAGAAAGUCGGCGAAGGCUCAUUGGCGUGUCGUUUGACCCAUCUAUAGACUUUCCAAGACCAUCCGACGAACCUUCUUUAAGGAGAGUUAAUAAGUAUAUCAUUUCGUGAAAUUGUAAUAAAAUAUGGAAAUAAGAGUUGGCGCAUCGCGUCGCGUAGUGUUUUUCAUUUAACCUUAUUUCCUUCGCUUGUGAGUGAGGCUUUUUGUUGACAAACCACCACUAGGCCCACG